UAUAGCUAUAUAAUGAUUAUUUUUCUAAAAAUUUUAGAUCAACCAGAUGGCAACAGCACCAGAUUCUCAGAGAUUAAAGCUAUUAAGAGAAGUAGCUGGUACUAGAGUAUAUGAUGAACGAAAGGAAGAAAGCAUCUCCUUAAUGAAAGAAACAGAGGGCAAACGGGAAAAAAUCAAUGAGUUGUUAAAAUACAUUGAAGAGAGAUUACAUACUUUAGAGGAAGAAAAGGAAGAACUAGCUCAGUAUCAGAAGUGGGAUAAAAUGAGACGAGCCCUGGAAUACACCAUUUACAAUCAGGAACUUAAUGAGACUCGUGCUAAACUUGAUGAGCUUUCUGCUAAGCGAGAGACUAGUGGAGAAAAAUCCAGACAAUUAAGAGAUGCUCAACAGGAUGCAAGAGAUAAAAUGGAGGAUAUUGAACGCCAAGUUAGAGAAUUGAAAACAAAAAUUUCAGCUAUGAAAGAAGAAAAAGAACAGCUUAGUGCUGAAAGACAAGAACAAAUUAAGCAGAGGACUAAGUUGGAGCUUAAAGCCAAGGAUUUACAAGAUGAACUAGCAGGCAACAGUGAACAAAGGAAACGUUUAUUAAAAGAGAGGCAGAAGCUGCUUGAAAAAAUAGAAGAAAAACAGAAAGAACUGGCAGAAACAGAACCUAAAUUCAACAGUGUAAAAGAGAAAGAAGAACGAGGAAUUGCUAGAUUGGCUCAAGCUACCCAGGAGAGAACGGAUCUUUAUGCAAAGCAGGGGCGAGGAAGCCAGUUUACAUCAAAAGAAGAAAGGGAUAAGUGGAUUAAAAAGGAACUCAAGUCUUUAGAUCAGGCUAUUAAUGACAAGAAAAGACAGAUUGCUGCUAUACAUAAGGAUUUGGAAGACACUGAAGCAAAUAAAGAGAAAAAUCUGGAGCAGUAUAAUGUAAGAACAUUUAUAGCCACUUUGUAAAAAUCUUUUAGAAGAGAUAAACAUGUUUAGUUUUAUCUACUUCAAGUUUUCUUUAUAAAUAAGUCUACAUGUGACCUUAAAAUAUAUGACAGAUACUUAUUUAGAAAAGGCCUGCACAAUAUACAUACAGUUCUCUUUUUUAAGAAUGUUCAUGUCAUUGAGCCUUUAUGUAGAUUAAGUAUAUUAAAAUGUAUGUAUGUAUGUUUAAUUUUUUUGAGAUAGGGUCUUGUUCCGUCACCCAAUCUGGAAUGCAGUGGUACAACCACAACUCACUGCAGCCUCCACCUUCCAGGCUUAGCGAUCCUCUAUCCUUAGCCUCCUAACUGGGACCACAAGCAUGUAUCACCAUGCCCAGCAAAAUUUUUUUUUUGUAGAGACGAGGUCUUGCCAUGUAGCCUACGCUGGUCUCGAAAUCUUGGGCUUAAGCAGUCCUCCCACCUUGGCCUCCCAAACUGCUGGGAUUAUAAGCGUGAGCCACCAUGCCCAGCUUAAAAUAUGUUUUUAUGAAUUGGUAGCAUGUGUCUUACGUACCCUUAAUUUUGACAAGAUGUCACAUAUGUCUAAAACAGCUUGUUAGUAACUUUUUUUUUUUGAGAUGGAGUUUCGCUGUUGUUGCCCAGGCUGGAG